AACGGGUUUGACCGCCGGCCCGACGAGACGGACCUUGCUAGCACGCCGUUACUUCGAUAUCGCGGAACCUUAUCAUCUCGGGUACUCGAAGAUGUGCCCAGUGCCAUAAAUCUCGCCCAGUGCUAGGAGGUGGUGGUCAGACGCCUAAGCGCCAGAACACCCAGAACACAGUACCACUUCGUUCGCCGUCGAGGGCAGACAUGUCGGUGUCCUGGUCGAAGACUUUCGUGGCUUUCACCGUCGCCUGGCUCAGUGCCCUGUGCCUGCUGCCCGUGGAGACGUUCUGCGACACCUCCUACUACGAGAAGUACUACGCGGCGCGGCGCUACGUGCCCCUCAAGCGGAAUGCCCCGCUGCUCUUCAACUUUACCCUAACGCUGUCGUAUGAGGUCCACCUGGCUUCCUUCGAGCGACUCGCCCUGGUGGGCAACCUGCCAGUUCUGGGCGCCUGGCAAGCGGGACGCGCCGUGCUGCUCAACCGGACAGCAAUCCUCAAUGUUUGGAGCGCCUCCGUGGAGAUACCGCAGAACAGCAGCGUGGAGUAUCGCUACUUUGCCGCCGCCGUUGGCCAGAGUGGAGCCGUACAGAUUCGCUGGUGGGAGUCGCAUGUCCAGGCCAGGGCCUUUAACACCACCAAGUUCAGUGGCAAUCGCAGCGAUGACUUUGGACUUAUAGGCGAUAAGUGCCAGUUGUCGCGUGGCUGGCUUCAGGACUCUGGCAACAUCCUGCAGCUGAAGUUGUUCCGCGAGGCGCUGCGUUUGGAGGAGCAACCAGAGGUGGGAAAGCAAAAGCUCCGCCUGCGAUUGCAGCCCGUGGAUCCGAAGAGCCUAGCGCCCAUCCUCAGAUCGGCUCGCGCCAAUGUGGAGUUCGUGCGAAUGGCGAACGGGAACAGUAACCUCCGGGGGCAGCCAGAGUACGGUGUGCCCUACGCCGCCGGUGACAUCCUUAUGUUCCAUGUGAACGUGGAACAGCUGGAUCGAGUGGCUUACCUGGUGGAGGUGUAUGCCGAACAGCCGGAGGAGGAACUGGUCCGACUUCUCGGAUACUCGCACCUGCUGCACACCUCGUUCCCCGGUACCGAAGGCAAAGUUUCCAUCGACCUCAUUUCGCCGCUUUGGCAGCGCGUGGUGGGUCAGCUGCACAUGGAGUACCUGAACAUCCGGCCCAUGGAGAAGGAUGGCUUCGAUCUGCGCACCAGCUUCGCCAACUACUGGCGCUCCAACUGGACAGCCCUGGAGAUUGGCCAUCGGGGAUUGGGAAAAUCUCUCACGGUCACCACGAAUGCGGCUCCGCUUAUCGAGAACACGGUGGCCACCAUGCUGGCCUCCGCCGAAAUGGGUGCUGAUCUCGUCGAGUUCGAUGUUCAGCUGACCAGCGACCUGGUGCCCAUCAUCCACCAUGAUUUUUCUAUUCGCGUUUGCAUUGACUCCAAGACGCCGACGAGCAAGGAUGACCUAACAGAGGUGCUGCUAAAGGACAUAUCCUAUGAGCAGCUCAAGGAUCUGAAGACGUACCAAAUCGUAGGCAACAAGAUCGUCGAGUAUCCCGCGCACAACAAUGUGGAGCCGCCGGAGCAGCGACUUUUCCCCACCUUGCAAGACUUCUUUGAGCGGGUGAACCUGUCCACCGGAUUCGACAUCGAGAUCAAGUGGCCGCAGCAGAAGGCCGAUGGGCAGUUUCAGAGUGAACAGACGCUGGACAAGAACCUGUUCGUGGACCGCAUCCUGGCGGUGGUUCGGCGACAUGGCUGCGGCCGACUCAAUGUGAUCAAGAGCUUCGACGCGGACUUGUGCUCCCUACUGCGCUUCAAGCAGCACAUGUACCCUGUGCUCUUCCUCUCCAGCAGCAAGGAGAACGUCUUUAGCGAUCCCCGGACCAGCACCGUGGAGCAGAGCGUCAACUUUGCCCAGGCCUUCGAUCUGGGUGGAGUUUCACCCAACGCAGUGUUCGUGAAGGCGGAUCCGGGAGUGGUUAAACGGGCGAUGGCUCAGGUGCCCAUCGUCCUGCUCUGGGGCUCGGACCUGAAGGACCGGGAGUCCAUCGACUGGUUCCUGCAGCAGGGACCCACUGGAGUCAUCUACGACCGCCUCGACCUCUGGCUGGGCGCCAACAGGACGAGUGCGUUCGAGGCGGAGCAGGAUCUGCCCGGCUUCUUCCAGCACCAGUGCGAUCCGGCGCCCAAGGAGCGCGAGGUCAACGCCACCAUCGAAAGCAUCCUGAGUAACGUUAACUUCCUGUAGUCCCGAUUUCUGUAGAUCCCCAAACGAUAUAUACCCCUUGCAAUAAAAGGUCUAAAAAGGA